GAGAUGCUGAGCUUUGGGGGCCAGGCCCAUGGAGGGGUGGGAGUGAAGGGGGCUGCCACAGCUGUCAGGUCAUAAAUCAGCUGACCCCUUGGCUCAGGGCAGGAUGUCUGCAACUGUGGCUUCCACAGCAGCAGGUCCAAGCGGAGCUGACAACUGCACGGAUCUACUAGUGCCUGGAAUCCCCUCCUUGACCAAGGCCUGGGGAUUGUGGGCCCUCUUAGGGGCUGUGACGCUGCUGCUUCUCAUCUCACUGGCUGCGCACUUGUUCCAAUGGACGUGUGGCCGGAGCAGGAGCCGUCCGAGACAGGGAUGCUCCGGAGAGUCUGUGGAAGAGGUCCCUCUGUAUGGGAACCUGCAUUAUCUGCAGACAGGACGGCUGUCUCAAGAACCAGGGCCAGACCAACAGGAUCCAACACCUGGAGGCCCUGCCAGGGCUGCAGAGGAAGUGAUGUGCUAUACCAGCCUGCAGCUGCGGCCUCCUCAGGGCCGGAUCCCCAGUCCUGGAAGCCCCAUCAAGUACUCGGAGGUGGUGCUGGACUCUGAGCCAAAGCCCCAGGCCUCGGGUCCCGAGCCGGAGCUCUACGCCUCAGUGUGUGCCCAGACCCGCAGAGCCCGGGCUUCCUUUCCAGACCAGGCCUAUGCCAACAGCCAGCCCGCACCCAGCUGAGAGAGGGCCUGGCACAGUGGGGCAUACAUCUCCCCCCCCUCCUCUAUUUCAGGGGUUACUGUUACCCUGUCUGGGGCAUGACUGUUUCCCAACCACCCCCUAAAGACAGGCAGCUGUUGCUCAGUCACAGGAGUUACACUCCCUGAACUUCCUAUCUGAGCUGUGAGGGAGGCAUCUCAGAGGAAUGGCAGCCCCCAGAUUCUUGAGGAUGGAGGAAGCAAAGGCAGUGUCUCCCUCUCCACCUCUUUUUUCUCUAUCUAUUCCUCUCAACCCCAAACUCCCAGGUUCUCACUCCUUCUUCCAGAGUUUAACCAGAUCCUCCCCACUCCAGCUGCCUCUCAGUCUACCCCUGACAUCUCAGUGUCUCCUCAGAAAUAGGAAGUAGGCAGUGGGGGAGGGGGUAAGAGUCUGAGAGGACACGGAUGGCUACCCUCCUCAGGAGCCCACAGGCUGGAGGGGUCCUGGAACCCAGUGACCUGAGAAAGCCAAGCCUGGUCUCUGACUCGAGAACCCUGGCAGAAUACCUGCUAUCUUUGUUAUGUC